CGUAUUUACGCGACCGCUUGGAAAUGAUUCUGUUCACAAAUCCCUGGUUUAUGUGGAGUAUACGACUUUAAUGCGUUUCCAAAAGACAUAUAUCAAAGCGUUUUCCUUUUUUUAGUUUAUUUAUGUUUAGUAAAUAUCGUGAAUGGUGAAUGUGGGCAGAAAAUGUUUACGCCGAGAUCGCUGAAGCUCAAGAGAGCGCCAGAGUCUUAUCAGCAGCAGCAGAACCCAAAGAGAAGCAAAGCGACAUCCGAAGACCCUGUUUCUACAGCUACAUCUUCACCUGAUACCUGCCCUCCAGAUAAGACUGUACCUAUAGAAACAGAGGAGGAACCCCAUCGGAUAGAGACUGAAGAAGAGGAGCAACCCCAUCAGAUAGAGACUGAAGAAGAGGAGGAACCACAUCAGAUAGAGAGCGAGGAAGAGGAGGAACCAGUGAAGUCCUUCAAGAAGAGCCAGAGAUGGCCAGAGCCCGGAGAGCCCGUGUGUGUCAUGUGCGGUCGAUAUGGAGAAUACAUCUGCGACAAAACAGACAACGAUGUCUGCAGCCUGGAGUGUAAAGCCAGUCAUCUGGCCAAAAUGUGCUUGGAUUUGGGAGAUAAGGUGUUUUCUAGAGAUCUGGAGGAGGGUUUGGAGAGCUCCAGUGCAGCAGACACUGGGCACAGUUACUCUUACAAGGAGGAUGUGUUCAUCUCUGAACUGACUGAGGAGCAGGUUGAGAGGGUUAAAGCCGAGCUGGCCAUAGUGACCGCAGGCCGAGAGGUCUGUAGACCCAUUAUAGAGUUCGAACACUGUAACUUUCCCACAGCUCUCACGCUCAACCUGAAGAAAGCCGGCUAUGAGGCUCCCACUCCCAUCCAGAUGCAGAUGGUGCCUGUUGGUCUGAAGGGCAGGGAUGUGAUCGCCACUGCAGACACAGGCUCUGGAAAGACGGUCGCCUUCCUUCUUCCAGUGGUCAUCCAGGCUCUCCAGAGCCAGACUGCUUCUCCGUCUCGUCCCACGUGUCUCAUCCUGACCCCGACCAGAGAGCUGGCCAUCCAGAUAGAGAAGCAGACGAAAGAGCUGGUGAUGGGCCUGCCGAACAUGAGAACUGCUCUUCUGGUGGGGGGGAUGCCUUUACCCCCUCAGCUGCACCGACUCAAGCAGAACAUCAAGAUAGCGAUAGCCACUCCAGGACGCCUCCUCGAGCUCCUGAAGCAGAAGGCUGUACUGCUGGAGAACGUCAGGGCUCUUGUGGUUGAUGAGGCGGAUACCAUGCUGAAGAUGGGAUUCCAGCAACAGGUUCUUGAGGUUUUGGAGACGGUCCCUGAAGAGCACCAGACGCUGUUGACGUCAGCCACCAUUCCCACAGGAACUGAACAGCUAGCGGCUCGUCUCACCCGCGACCCUGUGAGCAUUACCAUCGGUCAGAAGAACCAGCCCUGCGCCAACGUCCACCAGAUCGUCCUCUGGGUGGAAGAGCCGUCCAAGAAAAAGAAGCUUUUUGAGAUUUUAAAUGACAGAAAGCUCUACCAGCCUCCGGUAGUUGUGUUUGUGGACUGCAAACUUGGGGCUGAUUUGCUGUGUGAAGCUGUGCAAAAGGUCAUGGGGUUAAACACCGUCGCUAUUCACUCAGACAAGAUGCAGUGGGAACGCAACAAAAUCGUAAAGGGUCUACUGGAGGGCCAGUUUGAAGUGGUGGUCAGCACUGGGAUUCUCGGUAGAGGACUGGACCUGGUCAAUGUGAAGCUUGUAGUGAACUUCGACAUGCCAGCUAACAUGGAUGAAUAUGUUCAUCAGAUCGGUCGAGCCGGUCGACUGGGCCACAGAGGCACCGCCAUCACCUUCAUGAAUAACAACAGCAAGCGGCUGUUUCUGGACAUCGUGAACCGGGUGAAACCCACGGGCUCCAUCCUGCCGCCACAGCUCCUCAACUCCCCAUAUCUGCACGAGCAGCAGAGGAGAGCCAGACAGAAGAGCAGCCGAGGAGAAGACCUCCUCGUGACCAAGAGCAGCCUCAUCGACAUCAUCAGGAAGCACGACAAAAGAGCCGCCAGGAAAUAACUAGCAAAGGUUUCUAUUAGUAGAUGUUUGGUUGGUGCCUUUGUCAUUUGUAUUUUCAAUAAAUGCUACAAGUGAAGGAAGAAAA